AUGGACAUUCAACUCGACAUCCCCGAAGGCGCGUCCAGCAUUGAGCGCUGGUUUGCAGGAAUGACGGAGCCACUUCUUCUCGCCGUGAUGGGGUCACUUCCUAUCAGUGCUACCAUCGCACUUGGAAGGACCUCAAAGCGGCUUGCCCGGGUUGUGCGGGUAUACGAGAGCAGGAUAUGGUGCUUCUAUCGUUUCCUUGAUCCUUGGAUGCUUAAUCCGAAGAUGCUCCUUGUGAUAAUGGAACUCGCGGCAGCAGUUUGCUCUGGCCUUCAGUCUCUACGCUUUCUUGAUCGACUUGGUCCGGACCUAUCGAAGCCAUUGAUGAUCUAUGUCCGGUUUGCGGGAGCAAAAUCACUGGCGCGUCAUCUCCUCGAGAACGGGUAUUUCCUUGAAGGGACCAGUACCACAACAGAUGGGUGGAAGAAGGCCCAACGACGCGUCAGCUGUGUUGGUGCAACGCUCGACCCAUCCGCGGGAGGAUUCCGUUGUCUCGACCAGCUUCAUUUCAUGAAGACCGGGCCCAACGGAGCUGUCACGAUGGUCAAUAUUAUAAUCACCAACGGCGAUCCGAUUGACUACGUAGUCAACACGGCGGCAUGCAGUAUGUUGGAAGUUGCCUAG